AUGUGGUCGCGGUGCCGCGCAGCUGGUGCGCCCGCCACGUGCGAGCCACUGCUGCGUGUGCAGUACCGACAGUACCACGGGUUCCAGUUCGCCGGGUUCCACGGGUGGAAGAUCCCGUAUGGUGGCACGCCCAAAGUGACUAAGGAAGAGCUCGAGGGAACACGCUACUUCACGCAGCGGCCUAAGGAUAAGUGGGAUUAUCAUCGCGUCGAUGAGAACAUCAACUCCUCCUCUGAGUUUCGUAGGACAGAUGACAGGCCAGCUUUCGAGCAGGGAAUGCGUGAGGACAACUCCACAACUUCACAUGGCGACAUGCACACUCCCAAGAAGUACCGUCUGUACGAGUACUUUGACGAGUACACAAAGCCUGGCGUCAAUACAAAGGCGGCUGCCUGCUACGCUGUUAAGGAACAGUGGGAUGCAGAAGAGUUCUACUAUCCAGGAGAGGCGUGGAAACAGAACCGUCCCGGCUUCCGCAGUGUACCCAAGGAGCUACUUAACCGUCAGACAUGGUAUCAUUGGUCUGACACCAUCAUGAAAUGGGACGAGAUUCAGCCAACUAUUCGUACACGAUCAUGGAACCCAGACUGGCCCCCACCAGGUUACACAGUGCCAAAGCUGCAGUGUAAAAAAGAAUUUGUCUUUGGUGUUGAGGAACCGGGGCUUGUGUCGGAGGUCGAACGCUACAACUGGUUCCGAUCGUGGAGUGAUAACAACUUGCGUUGUGGCUGGAAGGACAUCUGGCUGUUUGCCCUAAUGUUUGGACUCAUGUAUUUUAUGACUCGAAAUGCUCUAGAUAUGAUAGUGAUGAAGGCCAUGAUGAGCAAUAUGUUCUACCCUGGUAGACAGUUUGUGCGCUCCUUUGGGACACCAAAGGACUGGGAAACGGGUGCCUUUUGGUGGCAACGCCCCUUAGAGGAAUUCCCAAACCAGGGGGAGGUAUGGUACUUCAAUGAGGCUCGUUACAAGUACAUCAACUACAUCAAGAAACGGGAUGCACAGGAGCAGGAGUUAGCGAAGGCCGAGGCUGCAUGA